UCAUAUUACAAGGAGGAGAAGGAAGUUGUUGGGCGAAAGGAAGGAAGGAAGGAUCAGAAGCCGAGAAUAUCAGUAACCACCAAAAUCAACGCAUUUCAUUGCUUGAUUUAUCUUCCCGAUUCCUCCUUCUUCUUCACCCUGACAACCGGCCUAUUGAUCGACGGGGACUUAUCGCUGAAAACUGAGCGGCGGUAAGAUGAGAGUCUGACGGUUAUCUCAGGAUUACAUUAAGUUUUCCCUUCUUAACCAUGGGUGAUGAUGAUUAUUCGAAAGAGGAUCUGCUACAGCUAUGCAAGAGAUUUGGAGAUUACAUCACUGUAAAAUUGUUCGCUAUUUUCUCGAUCUCGCUUCAGAAUCUGGAUUCACACUCAAUUGGGGCGAUAGCUGGUCUUGUGGUGGCAAUAUUAUUUACAUGGAAGCUAUUGAGAUCGUCUAGAGCAUCUCACAGAAGCCAACCUAAACGGCAAUCUAACAUGCCUAGUUCUUCUGGUGUUAAUACUCAUUCAAAUUCAAGUCUGACACUAGCUGAAUUUUCGCAAAAUUCACAGGCUCAGGAUGGCAUUGAUGAGUUUUUUCAACCCGUGAAGCCAACUCUAGGACAAGUAAUUAGGCAGAGGUUAAAUGAAGGAAGGAAGGUAACAUGCCGUUUGCUUGGAGUCAUUCUUGAGGAAACCAUUCCAGAGGAGCUUCAGAAACAAGCAACUGUGAGAUCCUCUGUGCUAGAAGUUCUUCUGGAAAUAACAAAGUUUUGUGAUUUAUAUCUCAUGGAAAGAGUACUAGACGAUGAAGGCGAAAAAAAUGUUCUUCUGGCUUUAGAAGAUGCUGGAGUAUUCACAUCUGGAUGCUUGGUGAAAGACAAGGUUCUCUUUUGCAGUACAGGAAUCGGACGUACAUCCUUUGUUCGACAGCUUGAACCAGAUUGGCACAUUGACUCAAAUGCUGAAGUAGUAUAUCAGUUAGCGCGAUUCAUCAAAUAUGAACUUCAUGUCUCACCUAUCAAAGCGGAACGAACUGCCACCAAUGUUUUCAGCUCUCCAUCUCUGGAGCAGUUUUUUGGUUGUGUUUGAGGCAAGAAUCUGGUAAAUUGUGGAGAUUUUCUCGACUGCCCUGGGAAAAACUACCUUUUUCAUCCUUUUGAAGCAGAAAUGAUUAUUACUUCAAUGCUACAGGCCUCCCUCUGGUUUCCCAAUUAGCUGAUGUUAAUUGUUUUUGACUUGUAGAAUUUAAUAAGACGUUUACAUGUAAUUAUCAUAACUGAUACUUGCACAAAUUGUUUGCAUAUUUUAAUAAUACACUUCAUAUUGAUAUUUUAUAAAGUUCAGAGGAUCAUUUCA